AUAACAUAACAUAACCUAACCUAACGUGGAUGGAAUAUUGGAUUUGGAUUUUGGUUGGAACCGAAUGAAUGAUUGAAAUUCAAACUUAAAUGCUUACAGUUAUUCGAUUCCUCAUUGUGGUUAUCUUAUGAAUGACAAAAGUGAAGAAAUAUUAGUUCAGACUAGAAAAAAAUCUACACAUAUUUUGAAGAGGUAAGAGAUAAUAAACUAUUUCAAUGGAAGAAAUCAAAGACGAGAGGUUCUCACAUAUUUCAUCUGACCCACGUUUUCGGGCUACUCCAAAGUCAAUAAGGAAGGUAAAAAUUGAUAAAAGAUUUCAAUCAUUAUUUACCGACAAGCGUUUUCAAGUCAAAUAUUCUGUUGAUAAACGUGGAAGACCAGUAAAUCAGUCAUCUCAGGAAAAUUAUAGAAAAUAUUAUGAUGUUAUGAGUGAUGAUGAAUCAACCGAUGAGGAGGAUGACAGUGAUGAAGAUAAAAGCAAUGAAGAAACUGUAGAAUCCCAAAUUAAUGAUAUAACUUCCGAAAAUGAGAAAAAAAUUAGAACAACAAAGCUAUACAAAUCAAAUAAAUGGAGCGUGUCACCGGCUCAGGGUUCAAGUAAUUCAAAUGAGUCCUCAAAUAACUUAGAUGCUGAAAAUAGAAAUGAAGUAGAAAAAAAACCUCACAACAAGAAUAAGGACAAAUCCAAGAACCAAGAAGCAGAACUUGAAACAGACAAGUUGGAGAAGGCUCGCAUGACAGAUGAAAUAAAACUAAAACUUCGAGACCCUCAUAUUGACUAUGCUAGAGGAGUUGGAGCUCUUAUGUCUGACAGCUCGUCUGAGGAAGAGAGCUCUGAAUCUGAGUCAGAGUCGGAGGUGGAGCAUGGAUGGGGAGAGCUGGACCGAGAUGCUGAGCUGACCGAAGAUGCUACUUCACGCUUGGCUGUGUUACACAUGGACUGGGACAGGAUCAGAGCUGUAGACCUUAUGGUGUUGUUAAACUCCUUCCUACCUCAGAAUGGAGUCAUCAAGUCAGUUACUAUAUACCCUUCACAAUUUGGACUGGAACGUAUGAAAGAAGAGGAGGAAAGAGGGCCGAUAGAGUUGGUAAAUUUAAAACAUGAAGAUGACGCAGAUCUAGAUGAAGAGAGCAAGGAAGGAAAGAAAUAUCACACAGAGAGGCUGCGGCAAUAUCAGAUGAACAGAUUAAAGUAUUACUAUGCAGUUGUUGAGUUUGAUUCCGUAGAGACAGCCAACAAAGUGUACACAGAGUGUGAUGGACUUGAAUAUGAAAGUAGUGCAACUAAGUUAGAUCUUCGAUUUGUGCCACAGGAUGAAACGUUUGAUCAGGAACCACACGAGGUUUGCACCAGUAUGCCAGACCCAGCCAAGUAUGAGCCUCGUAUCUUCACCAACACGGCGCUGCAGCAGGGCAAGGUGGAACUGACCUGGGACGAGACUGACCCAAGCCGUCAGGAGUUCACCAGGAAAAUUCAGAGGAACGCGGACAAGGUUGAUGACGUUGACCUGCAAGCCUAUCUAGCCUCAUCAUCUGGAGAGGACGAAGAACUAGCAGACAAGGAUGAAUCUAGUGAGGAUGAAUCAGAGGACGAUAAAAAUAUAAAAGAGGAAGACAAAAUUGCCAAAUACAAAUCUUUGCUGGCUUCAAUUGAAGAAGAAGAGGAGAAGAAGAAAAAUAGGGAUGUCGACUUGGAAAUAACAUGGGGUAUUGGGUUGAAAGAAAAAGCGGAGAAGUCGGUUAAAGAGAAACUAAACGCACCUCAAACACCGUUUGAAGAAAUGCUAGACAAACGUAAAAAAAAGAAGAAACAGAAGAGGGAAGAAAAGUUGAAACAGAAAGAAAAGAACAAGGAAGAGGAUAGCGAGAGUGAUCUCUACUCUGAUGAUGACUUACUCUCUGAUGUGGAUAUGAAUGAUCCUUACUUCAAAGAAGAGAUUCAGCCUGCUAAGAAAGGGGGAAAGAAGAAGAAAAAGAAUUACGAUGAAGAGGAGACGGAAGAGACCAAACAAAAAAAAGCUGAGUUAGAAUUAUUGCUUCUGGAAGAGAAUGACACAGAGAAGGAAAAGAGUCAUUUCAAUUUAAAGAAAAUUCAAGAGCAAGAAAGUGAUGGAAAGAAGAAGAAGAGGAGAAAACAACUGAAAAAGAAACCCCAAGAAGUCUUGGAAGAAAAAGAUGAGUUCAAGGUGAAUGUAGCAGACGACAGAUUCAGUGCUCUGUUCUCCUCUCAUCAUUUCAAUGUAGACCCAGCUGACCCUCAGUUCCGCAAGACUAAAGCCAUGGAGGCUAUAAUCUCGGAGAAACUCAAGAGAAGGAGACAACAAGUUGAACAAGAAGAGCCAGCUGGAAAGAAAACAAAGGCAGAAACAGAACUUUCACUGCUCGUGAACAGAAUAAAAAGUAAAACAAAAAAUAAAAUAAAAAAUUAAAGUUAUGUACAUUUUGUAAAUUA